CCUGCCGCCGCUGCCACCGCCUCUUACGUCUUUCCCUUUGACAAGUCGCCGCUGCUGCAGCAAAAAUAAAGGACGCGGCCGCCGCAGCCGCUGCCGAGCCGGGCUCGGGUCGCCGGAGCCGCGCCCCACCGCCGCCAGCUCUGGAGCAGCGUAUGAACUAAUGGAUGAAGAGUAAAUCAAAAUGGCAACAAUGGUUCCACCAGUGAAACUGAAAUGGCUUGAACACCUCAACAGCUCCUGGAUUACUGAGGACAGUGAAUCUAUUGCUACAAGAGAGGGGGUUGCUGUUCUAUAUUCUAAACUGGUCAGCAAUAAGGAAGUAGUACCUUUGCCCCAACAAGUUUUGUGCCUCAAAGGACCACAGCUGCCAGACUUUGAACGUGAGUCUCUUUCAAGUGAUGAACAGGACCACUAUUUGGAUGCCCUUCUUAGCAGUCAGCUAGCACUAGCGAAGAUGGUAUGUUCAGAUUCCCCAUUUGCUGGGGCACUUCGAAAACGAUUGCUUGUACUCCAGCGAGUCUUCUAUGCACUUUCUAAUAAAUACCAUGACAAAGGCAAAGUGAAACAGCAGCAGCAUUCUCCGGAGAGCAGCUCUGGUUCAGCAGACGUCCAUUCUGUUAGUGAACGUCCUCGGUCAAGCACUGAUGCACUUAUAGAAAUGGGUGUUCGAACUGGUCUAAGUUUAUUAUUUGCACUUCUGAGACAAAGCUGGAUGAUGCCUGUGUCGGGACCUGGCCUCAGUCUUUGCAAUGACGUUAUUCAUACUGCCACUGAAGUUGUGAGCUCUUUGCCACCAUUAUCUUUAGCAAAUGAAAGCAAGAUUCCUCCUAUGGGCUUGGACUGCUUAUCACAAGUAACAACAUUUCUUAAAGGAGUUACUAUUCCCAAUUCUGGGGCAGACAUUUUAGGUCGUAGAUUAGCUUCUGAGUUGCUGCUUGGUUUAGCAGCUCAGCGAGGUUCUUUGCGGUAUCUCCUUGAAUGGAUAGAAAUGGCGUUGGGGGCUUCAGCAGUUGUAAAUUCCAUGGAGAAAAGUAAACUACUAUCAAGCCAGGAAGGGAUGAUCAGCUUUGACUGCUUUAUGACUAUAUUAAUGCAGAUGAGGCGUUCUUUGGGCUCAUCUGCUGAUCGGAGUCAGUGGAGGGAACCAACCAGAACAUCUGAUGGCUUGUGCUCACUCUAUGAGGCAGCUUUAUGUCUCUUCGAAGAGGUUUGCAGAAUGGCUUCUGAUUACUCAAGAACAUGUGCUAGCCCAGAUAGCAUUCAGACUGGUGAUGCUCCCAUUGUCUCAGAAACCUGUGAGGUUUAUGUUUGGGGUAGCAACAGCAGCCAUCAGUUGGUAGAAGGCACACAGGAAAAAAUACUGCAACCCAAACUGGCCCCUAGUUUCUCUGAUGCUCAGACUAUUGAAGCUGGACAGUACUGCACUUUUGUCAUUUCUACAGAUGGCUCUGUCAGAGCUUGUGGUAAAGGCAGCUAUGGGAGACUGGGCCUUGGAGAUUCUAAUAAUCAGUCUACUUUAAAAAAGUUAACGUUUGAGCCUCAUAGAUCCAUUAAAAAGGUCUCAUCUUCUAAAGGAUCUGAUGGUCAUACUUUAGCUUUCACAACAGAAGGAGAAGUCUUCAGUUGGGGAGAUGGCGAUUAUGGGAAACUGGGACAUGGAAAUAGUUCAACACAGAAAUAUCCCAAGCUUAUUCAGGGCCCUCUGCAGGGAAAGGUAGUUGUUUGUGUGUCAGCUGGAUACAGACAUAGUGCUGCUGUCACGGAGGAUGGUGAAUUAUACACGUGGGGUGAAGGUGACUUUGGAAGAUUAGGUCAUGGUGACAGUAAUAGCCGUAACAUUCCAACAUUAGUAAAAGACAUUAGCAAUGUAGGAGAGGUUUCCUGUGGCAGUUCACAUACUAUUGCUUUAUCUAAAGAUGGCAGAACUGUAUGGUCUUUUGGAGGAGGAGACAAUGGCAAACUUGGCCAUGGUGAUACCAACAGAGUGUAUAAGCCUAAAGUUAUUGAAGCUUUGCAAGGAAUGUUCAUUCGCAAAGUUUGUGCUGGAAGUCAGUCUUCACUUGCUUUGACAUCAACAGGGCAGGUCUAUGCUUGGGGCUGUGGAGCUUGUCUAGGUUGUGGUUCUUCAGAAGCUACUGCACUGAGACCAAAGCUUAUUGAAGAACUGGCUGCCACAAGAAUAGUUGACAUUUCUAUUGGAGAUAGUCAUUGUUUGGCUCUUUCUCAUGAUAAUGAAGUUUAUGCGUGGGGCAAUAACUCAAUGGGGCAGUGUGGCCAAGGAAAUUCCACGGGUCCUAUUACUAAACCAAAGAAAGUGAGUGGCUUAGAUGGCAUAGCUAUUCAACAAAUCUCUGCUGGAACAUCACAUAGUCUGGCAUGGACUGCUCUUCCUAGGGACAGACAAGUUGUUGCCUGGCACCGACCUUAUUGUGUAGAUCUUGAAGAGAGUACCUUCUCACACCUUCGUUCAUUUCUUGAGAGAUACUGUGAUAAAAUAAACAGUGAGAUUCCCCCACUCCCUUUCCCUUCAUCAAGGGAACACCACAAUUUCCUCAAGCUGUGCCUGAAGCUGCUUUCAAAUCACCUUGCUCUUGCACUUGCGGGAGGGGUGGCUACCAGCAUUCUUGGAAGACAGGCAGGUCCACUUCGAAAUUUGCUCUUUAGACUGAUGGACUCAACUGUCCCAGAUGAAAUCCAAGAGGUGGUAAUUGAAACUCUGUCAGUGGGAGCAACCAUGCUGUUACCUCCGUUACGAGAACGUAUGGAAUUACUUCAUUCUCUUUUACCCCAAGGACCUGAUAGAUGGGAAAGCUUAUCUAAAGGACAGAGAAUGCAACUGGAUAUUAUUCUGACAAGUUUGCAAGAUCAUACCCAUGUAGCCUCCUUACUUGGCUAUAGCUCACCUUCUGAUGCUGCUGACCUCUCUUCUGUAUGUACUGGCUAUGGAAACCUGUCAGAUCAACCUUAUGGCACUCAGAGCUGCCAUCCAGACACCCAUCUGGCUGAAAUUUUGAUGAAGACUCUCCUAAGAAAUUUAGGAUUUUAUACGGACCAAGCAUUUGGGGAACUAGAAAAGAAUAGUGAUAAAUUUCUACUUGGAACAUCGUCUUCAGAGAACAGUCAGCCUGCUCAUCUUCAUGAACUGCUGUGUUCACUGCAGAAACAGCUGCUGGCAUUUUGCCAUAUCAAUAACAUUAGUGAGAACUCAAGCAGCGUGGCAUUGCUUCAUAAACAUCUUCAGCUCUUGUUGCCUCAUGCUACAGAUAUUUAUUCACGUUCAGCAAAUUUGCUCAAAGAAAGUCCUUGGAAUGGCAGUGUUGGAGAAAAAUUAAGAGAUGUGAUAUACGUCUCAGCUGCAGGCAGCAUGCUCUGCCAGAUUGUUAACUCCCUACUGUUACUCCCAGUGUCAGUGGCUCGACCUUUAUUGAGUUAUCUUCUUGACUUGUUGCCACCUCUUGACUGCCUUAAUAGACUCUUGCCAGCUGCAGCUCUUUUAGAAGACCAAGAGUUACAGUGGCCUCUUCAUGGAGGGCCAGAACUGAUCGAUCCUGCUGGCGUACCAUUACCUCAGCCAGCCCAGUCCUGGGUGUGGCUUGUGGAUCUGGAAAGAACAAUUGCUCUUCUUAUUGGGCGAUGUCUUGGUGGCAUGCUUCAGGGUUCUCCUGUGUCUCCAGAGGAACAGGACACUGCAUAUUGGAUGAAAACACCACUUUUUAGUGAUGGUGUAGAAAUGGACAUCCCGCAAUUAGACAAAUGUAUGAGUUGCUUAUUAGAAGUAGCUCUUUCAGGAAAUGAAGAACAGAAGCCUUUUGAUUACAAAUUGCGGCCUGAAAUUGCUGUCUAUGUAGACUUGGCCUUGGGUUGUUCAAAAGAGCCUGCUCGAAGCCUUUGGAUCAGCAUGCAGGAUUAUGCUGUUAGUAAAGAUUGGGACAGUGCAACUUUAAGUAAUGAGUCACUGUUGGACACUGUGUCUAGAUUUGUUCUUGCAGCUCUUCUGAAACACACAAAUUUACUCAGUCAAGCAUGUGGAGAAAGCCGAUAUCAGCCUGGUAAAAGCUUAUCAGAAGUAUACCGUUGUGUGUACAAAGUUCGAAGUCGUUUACUUGCUUGCAAGAACCUUGAGCUUAUUCAGACCAGGUCAUCAUCAAGAGACAGAUGGAUCCCAGAAAACCAAGAUUCUGCAGAUGCUGAUCCUCAGGAGCAUGCAUUUACCCGGACCAUUGAUGAAGAAGCUGAAAUGGAAGAACAGGCUGAGCGAGAUCGGGAAGAGGGGCAUCCUGAGCCAGAGGAUGAGGAGGAAGAACGGGAACAUGAAGUGAUGACAGCUGGCAACCUUGUUUUUGUGUUGCAUGUUACAGAAAUCUUUCAGUGUUUCCUCUCAGCCCGUGAAGUAGCUCGUAGCCGAGAUCGAGAUAGAAUGAGCAGUGGGGCAGGGUCUGGGGCUCGAGCCGAUGAUCCACCUCCUCAGUCUCAGCAAGAGCGAAGGGUCAGCACAGACCUUCCCGAGGGUCAGGAUGUGUACACUGCUGCCUGCAACUCCGUGAUUCAUCGAUGUGCCCUGUUAAUAUUAGGAGUAAGUCCUGUGAUUGAUGAGCUUCAGAAACGAAGGGAAGAAGGACAGUUGCAUCAGCCUUCUACAAGUGCCUCUGAAGGGGGUGGACUUAUGACCAGGAGUGAAAGUCUUACUGCAGAGAGCCGACUAGUCCACGCAAGUCCAAAUUAUAGACUGAUCAAAUCGAGGAGUGAAUCUGAUUUGUCUCAGCCUGAAUCAGAUGAAGAAGGUUACGCACUGAGUGGAAGACGAAACGUUGAUUUGGAUUUGGCAUCAUCUCAUAGAAAGAGAGAUGAACCUACCAAGUCUGAGAACUUUUUGGAGCCAUUCAGGUGUUCUGAUUCUGACUUGAGCUAUGAAGGACAAGCAGAUGUCCAGCCAAUGUAUUUACUCCUUUUUGGCCAGUUGAGCCCCAGAAAAAAGAAGAGCUUCAAGCAAGUACAUGAUGGUCCUAUGCACAGUCAAUUGGAAUCCCUGAGUGACUCUUGGGCUCGCCUGAAACAUACCAGAGACUGGUUGUGCAACUCCUCUUACUCCUUUGAGUCUGAUUUUGAUCUUACCAAGUCUUUGGGAAUUCACACUUUGAUUGAAAAUGUUGUAAGCUUUGUGAGUGGCGAUGUGGGGAAUGCACCAGGUUUUAAAGAGCCAGAGGAAAGUAUGUCUACAAGUCCCCAGGCCUCCAUCAUUGCAAUGGAACAGCAGCAGUUAAGGGCAGAGCUUCGUUUAGAGGCACUUCACCAGAUCCUUGUUCUAUUAUCUGGAAUGGAAGAAAAGGGUAGCAUCUCUCUGGCAGGAAGAGGAUCGAGCUCAGGUUUCCAGUCAUCCACUCUGCUCACAUCUGUGCGGCUACAGUUUCUAGCAGGGUGUUUUGGUUUAGGCACCGUUGGACACUCUGGAGCCAAAGGAGAGAGUGGCCGAUUGCAUCACUAUCAGGAUGGGAUCAGAGCAGCUAAGAGAAAUAUUCAGAUUGAAAUCCAGGUGGCUGUGCAUAAGAUUUAUCAACAGUUGUCUGCUACCCUGGAGAGAGCUCUUCAAGCAAAUAAGCAUCACAUUGAAGCUCAACAGCGUCUCCUUUUGGUUACAGUUUUUGCUCUGAGUGUUCACUAUCAACCAGUAGAUGUUUCUUUGGCAAUUUCCACUGGUCUGCUAAAUGUAUUGUCACAACUCUGUGGCACAGACACCAUGCUAGGACAGCCUCUUCAGUUGUUGCCAAAAACCGGUGUUUCCCAGCUCAGCACAGCUUUAAAAGUGGCUAGUACAAGAUUGCUCCAGAUACUAGCCAUCACCACGGGGACCUAUGCUGAUAAACUGAGCCCCAAAGUAGUUCAAUCUUUGUUGGAUCUACUCUGUAGUCAGUUGAAGAAUUUGUUGUCCCAGGCUGGUGUACUUCUUAUGGCUUCUUUUGGAGAAGGGGAAGAGGAUGAAGAAGAAGAAAAAAAACUUGACUCUAGUGGAGAAACUGAGAAGAGAGAUUUCAGAGCUGCUCUCAGGAAACAACAUGCAGCUGAACUGCAUCUUGGGGAUUUUUUAGUUUUUCUUCGCAGAGUUGUAUCUUCAAAAGCAAUUCAAUCAAAAAUGGCUUCCCCAAAGUGGACAGAGGUGCUUCUAAAUAUAGCAUCUCAGAAAUGUUCUUCAGGUAUUCCUCUAGUUGGUAACUUAAGAACAAGGCUCCUUGCACUUCAUGUCCUUGAGGCUGUGUUACCAGCUUGUGAAUCUGGUGUAGAAGAUGAUCAAAUGGCCCAGGUUGUUGAACGCCUAUUUUCCCUUCUAUCGGAUUGUAUGUGGGAGACACCCAUUGCUCAGGCCAAACAUGCUAUUCAGAUAAAGGAAAAAGAACAAGAAAUAAAAUUACAGAAGCAGGGAGAGUUGGAGGAAGAAGAUGAGAAUCUUCCUAUACAAGAAGUGUCCUUUGACCCAGAGAAAGCUCAGUGUUGUAUAGUGGAAAAUGGACAGAUUUUAACUCAUGGAAGUGGAGGAAAAGGAUAUGGAUUGGCAUCAACUGGAGUAACUUCUGGGUGCUAUCAGUGGAAGUUUUACAUUGUGAAGGAAAACAGAGGUAAUGAAGGCACAUGUGUUGGAGUUUCUCGCUGGCCAGUACACGACUUUAACCACCGUACUACUUCGGAUAUGUGGCUCUAUCGGGCCUAUAGUGGUAACCUCUAUCACAAUGGAGAACAGACUCUGACGUUGUCCAGCUUUACUCAAGGGGAUUUCAUUACCUGCGUGUUAGACAUGGAAGCCAGGACCAUUUCCUUUGGGAAGAAUGGAGAGGAACCCAAAUUAGCUUUUGAAGAUGUGGAUGCAGCAGAAUUGUACCCAUGUGUAAUGUUCUAUAGUAGCAACCCAGGAGAAAAGGUGAAAAUUUGUGAUAUGCAGAUGCGUGGCACACCACGAGACUUACUUCCAGGAGAUCCCAUUUGUAGUCCAGUAGCAGCAGUACUGGCAGAGGCUACUAUUCAGCUUAUUCGUAUCCUUCAUCGAACAGACCGUUGGACUUACUGCAUUAACAAAAAAAUGAUGGAAAGGCUGCACAAAAUUAAGAUAUGUAUUAAAGAGUCAGGUCAGAAGCUCAAGAAAAGCCGCUCGGUUCAGAGCCGAGAGGAAAAUGAAAUGAGAGAGGAGAAGGAGAGCAAAGAGGAAGAGAAAGGUAAACAUAAUAGACAUGGCCUUGCUGACCUCUCAGAGCCGCAGCUGAGGACUCUUUGCAUAGAGGUGUGGCCUGUGCUGGCAGUGAUAGGAGGAGUUGAUGCUGGUCUUAGAGUUGGAGGUCGGUGUGUUCACAAGCAAACUGGGCGCCAUGCCACGCUGCUGGGAGUGGUCAAAGAGGGCAGUACGUCUGCCAAGGUCCAAUGGGAUGAAGCAGAAAUUACCAUCAGCUUCCCAACUUUUUGGUCGCCUAGUGAUACUCCAUUGUAUAAUCUGGAACCCUGUGAACCGCUUCCUUUUGAUGUGGCACGAUUUCGAGGCCUGACGGCUUCUGUGUUACUGGACCUCACAUAUCUGACUGGCAUUCAUGAAGACAUGGGCAAACAGAACACCAAGCGACAUGAAAAGAAACACCGACAUGAAUCUGAGGAGAAAGGGGAUGUUGAGCAGAAAACUGAAAGUGAAUCAGCUUUAGAUACACGAACAGGCUUAACAUCUGACGAUGUUAAAAGUCAGGGUACCACAAUCUCCAAAUCAGAAAACGAAAUAGCUUCAUUUUCUUUAGAUUCAGCAAUGCCAGCUGUGGAAUCCCAACAUCAGAUAACAGAAGGAAAAAGAAAAAAUCAUGAACACGUGUCCAAAAACCAUGACAUAGCCCAGUCAGAAAUCAGAGCAGUCCAGCUGUCCUAUAUUUACCUCGGUGCUAUGAAAUCACUUAGUGCUCUUCUUGGCUGUAGUAAAUAUGCUGAACUGUUGCUGAUACCAAAAGUUUUGGCCGAAAAUGGCCACAACUCAGACUGUGCAAGCUCUCCAGUUGUUCAUGAAGAUGUGGAGAUGCGUGCAGCCCUGCAGUUCUUGAUGCGCCACAUGGUAAAGCGAGCAGUCAUGCGGUCACCCAUAAAGAGAGCACUGGGAUUAGCUGAUCUGGAACGAGCUCAAGCCAUGAUCUAUAAAUUAGUCAUCCAUGGGCUUUUGGAGGACCAAUUUGGGGGCAAAAUUAAACAAGAGAUUGAUCAACAAGCUGAAGAAAGUGACCAAGCCCAGCAGGCACAGACACCAGUUACCACUAGUCCUUCAGCCUCGAGCACAACUUCCUUCAUGAGCAGUUCACUGGAAGAUACCACAACUGCCACCACUCCAGUCACUGACACAGAAACAGUGCCUGCAUCUGAGUCCCCAGGAGUGAUGCCACUUAGUCUUCUCAGGCAAAUGUUCUCUAGUUACCCAACUACCACUGUACUUCCCACACGUCGUGCACAGACUCCUCCAAUAUCAUCGUUACCAACCUCUCCUUCUGAUGAAGUAGGAAGGAGGCAAAGCUUAACUUCUCCUGAUUCCCAGUCAGCAAGGCCAGCUAACCGCACAGCCUUGUCAGACCCAAGCAGUAGACUUUCAACUUCUCCUCCUCCUCCAGCGAUUGCAGUACCCUUGUUAGAAAUGGGGUUCUCUCUCCGGCAGAUUGCCAAAGCCAUGGAAGCCACAGGUGCUCGAGGAGAGGCUGAUGCCCAGAACAUCACUGUCCUUGCCAUGUGGAUGAUAGAGCACCCUGGGCAUGAGGAUGAGGAGGAGCCCCAGUCAGGCAGCACUGCAGACUCAAGGCACGGAGCAGCGGUUGUAGGCAGUGGUGGGAAGUCGAAUGAUCCCUCUUAUUUGCAGUCACCAGGUGACAUACCAUCAGCUGAUGCUGCUGAAAUGGAGGAAGGCUUUAGUGAAAGCCCUGAUAACCUGGAUCAUACAGAGAAUGCAGCUUCUGGAAGUGGACCACCAGCUAGGGGUCGCUCAGCAGUAACAAGACGGCACAAGUUUGAUUUAGCUGCUCGAACGUUGCUAGCAAGAGCAGCGGGGUUAUACCGCUCUGUGCAGGCCCACAGGAAUCAAAGUCGGAGAGAAGGAAUAUCUUUGCAACAAGACCCAGGGGCGUUGUAUGACUUUAAUUUAGAUGAGGAAUUGGAAAUUGAUCUUGAUGAUGAAGCGAUGGAAGCUAUGUUUGGACAAGACCUGACCAGUGACAAUGAUAUUCUGGGAAUGUGGAUCCCAGAGGUACUGGAUUGGCCUACCUGGCAUGUUUGUGAGUCUGAAGACAGGGAAGAAGUGGUGGUGUGUGAGCUCUGUGAAUGCAGUGUCGUCAGCUUCAAUCAGCACAUGAAGAGAAAUCACCCAGGCUGUGGGCGCAGUGCAAACCGCCAGGGCUAUCGCAGCAAUGGCUCCUAUGUGGAUGGCUGGUUUGGUGGUGAAUGUGGGAGUGGAAAUCCAUACUACCUGCUGUGUGGCAGCUGCAGGGAGAAGUACUUAGCCCUGAAGACCAAAUCCAAGGCAACAAGUUCUGAAAGGUACAAGGGACAAGCUCCAGAUCUAAUUGGCAAGCAGGACAGUGUGUAUGAAGAAGACUGGGACAUGUUGGAUGUUGAUGAAGAUGAAAAGCUAACAGGUGAAGAAGAAUUUGAAUUACUUGCUGGACCACUUGGUUUAAAUGACCGCCGCAUUGUGCCAGAACCAGUUCAGUUCCCUGACAGUGAUCCACUGGGAGCGUCGGUAGCAAUGGUAACAGCGACCAACAGUAUGGAAGAGACUCUUAUGCAAAUAGGUUGCCAUGGCUCUGUAGAAAAGAGUUCCUCUGGGAGAAUAACAUUAGGUGAGCAGGCAGCUGCCUUAGCAAACCCUCAUGACCGGGUGGUGGCUUUAAGGAGGGUGACUGCUGCUGCUCAGGUUCUUCUGGCCAGAACCAUGGUCAUGAGAGCUCUCUCUCUUCUCUCAGUCAGUGGUUCCAGUUGUAGCCUGGCUGCUGGUCUUGAAUCUCUGGGGCUUACAGAUAUCCGAACGCUGGUUCGAUUAAUGUGCUUGGCUGCAGCAGGGAGAGCGGGCCUCUCCACCAGCCCUUCUGCUAUGGCAAGUGCUUCAGAACGCUCACGAGGUGGGCACAGCAAGGCCAACAAGCCCAUUUCUUGCCUGGCUUAUCUGAGCACAGCAGUGGGAUGUCUUGCAUCAAAUACUCCUAGUGCUGCAAAACUUCUGGUGCAGUUGUGUACACAGAACUUGAUUUCUGCUGCAACAGGUGUAAAUUUGACCACAGUUGAUGAUCCAAUUCAGCGAAAGUUUCUACCCGGCUUUCUCCGAGGAAUUGCUGAAGAGAAUAAGCUUGUAACUUCUCCAAAUUUUGUUGUAACUCAGGCCCUUGUGGCAUUACUAGCAGAUAAAGGGGCCAAACUGAGACCUAAUUACGAAAAGUCAGAAGUUGAAAAGAAAGGUUUAACUGCCCAAUUGUAUGCCCAUCCUUCCUAUGAUCCUUCUGCUGUAGGCCCUCUGGAGCUGGCUAAUGCCCUGGCAGCCUGCUGCCUCUCCUCGAGGCUAUCCUCACAGCAUAGGCAAUGGGCUGCUCAACAGCUUGUGCGCACUCUUGCUGCACAUGACCGCGACAACCAAACCACUCCACAAACACUUGCUGAUAUGGGAGGAGAUCUCAGAAAAUGCUCCUUUAUCAAGCUGGAGGCUCAUCAGAACAGAGUAAUGACUUGUGUUUGGUGUAAUAAAAAAGGACUCUUGGCCACAAGUGGCAAUGAUGGCACUAUCCGGGUGUGGAAUGUCACCAAGAAGCAGUAUUCGCUGCAACAGACCUGUGUGUUCAACAGAUUGGAAGGUGAUGCUGAGGAAAGCCUGGGAUCACCUAGUGAUCCAAGUUUCUCACCUGUUUCCUGGAGUAUCAGUGGCAAAUACCUAGCUGGGGCUUUGGAAAAGAUGGUGAAUAUCUGGCAAGUUAAUGGAGGAAAAGGGUUAGUAGAUAUUCAGCCUCAUUGGGUAUCUGCCCUGGCUUGGCCAGAAGAAGGUCCAUCUACAGCCUGGUCAGGAGAGUCUCCAGAAUUAUUAUUGGUAGGACGGAUGGAUGGAUCACUAGGACUAAUUGAAGUUGUUGAUGUAUCCACCAUGCACCGUCGAGAAUUGGAACAUUGCUAUAGAAAGGAUGUGUCUAUAACUUGCAUUGCUUGGUUCAGUGAAGAUAGACCAUUUGCAGUGGGAUAUUUUGAUGGAAAAUUGUUACUGGGAACAAAGGAACCACUUGAGAAAGGAGGCAUUGUUCUAAUUGAUGCACAUAAGGAUACUCUUACUAGUAUGAAAUGGGACCCAACAGGUCAUAUUCUCAUGACAUGUGCCAAAGAAGAAAAUGUGAAGCUCUGGGGGCCUAUUUCAGGAUGCUGGCGCUGUCUACAUUCACUCUGCCAUCCAUCUAUUGUAAACGGCAUUGCUUGGUGCAGCCUUCCGGGGAAAGGAUCCAAGUUGCAUUUACUGAUGGCUACUGGCUGUCAGAGUGGCUUAGUAUGUGUUUGGCGUAUUCCACAAGAUACCACACAGACUAGUGUGACUAGUUCAGAAGGAUGGUGGGACCAGGAAUCAAACUGCCAGGGUGCACAUAGGAAAUCAGUUGGAGCCAAGUGUGUUUAUCAGUUGCGAGGACACAUCACUCCUGUCCGGACCGUUGCCUUUAGUUCUGAUGGGUUGGCCCUGGUGUCUGGUGGACUAGGUGGCCUCAUGAACAUUUGGUCUUUAAGGGAUGGCUCUGUCUUGCAAACUGUUGUGAUUGGCUCCGGAGCUAUUCAGACGACAGUAUGGAUUCCAGAUGUUGGGGUAGCUGCUUGCUCAAAUAGAUCAAAGGAUGUUUUGGUUGUGAAUUGUACAGCAGAAUGGGCUGCAGCCAAUCAUGUUUUAGCAACUUGUAGGACAGCACUGAAACAACAAGGUGUUCUGGGAUUAAACAUGGCUCCCUGCAUGAGAGCGUUUCUGGAGCGGCUACCCAUGAUGCUUCAGGAGCAGUAUGCCUAUGAAAAGCCUCAUGUGGUUUGUGGUGACCAGCUUGUUCAUAGCCCCUAUAUGCAAUGUCUGGCUUCCCUUGCUGUGGGACUUCAUCUGGAUCAGCUGCUGUGUAACCCUCCAGUGCCACCACACCACCAGAACUGCCUUCCUGACCCUGCAUCCUGGAAUCCAAAUGAGUGGGCCUGGUUAGAAUGUUUCUCAACCACCAUAAAAGCCGCUGAAGCCCUGACCAAUGGAGCACAGUUUCCAGAAUCUUUUAGUGUUCCCGAUCUAGAGCCUGUUCCAGAGGAUGAACUUGUAUUCCUAAUGGAUAACAGUAAAUGGAUUAAUGGCAUGGAUGAACAAAUUAUGUCUUGGGCAACUUCGAGACCUGAGGACUGGCACCUGGGAGGUAAAUGUGAUGUCUACCUGUGGGGUGCUGGCAGGCAUGGACAGCUGGCAGAAGCUGGAAGAAAUGUAAUGGUACCUGCAGCAGCUCCCUCAUUCUCACAAGCCCAACAGGUCAUAUGUGGUCAGAAUUGUACCUUUGUCAUCCAGGCCAAUGGCACAGUGUUGGCUUGUGGGGAAGGAAGUUAUGGCAGAUUAGGACAAGGAAAUUCAGAUGACCUUCAUGUGCUGACAGUUAUUUCAGCCUUACAAGGCUUUGUGGUGACCCAGCUGGUGACUUCCUGUGGUUCUGAUGGGCACUCCAUGGCCCUGACUGAAAGUGGUGAGGUCUUUAGCUGGGGAGAUGGUGAUUAUGGCAAACUCGGCCAUGGGAACAGCGACAGGCAGCGGCGGCCCAGGCAAAUCGAGGCCUUACAAGGAGAAGAAGUGGUGCAGAUGUCUUGUGGCUUCAAACAUUCAGCGGUGGUAACUUCAGAUGGCAAACUCUUUACCUUUGGGAAUGGUGACUACGGUCGUCUGGGUCUUGGAAAUACCUCCAACAAAAAACUUCCAGAGAGAGUGACUGCACUAGAGGGAUAUCAGAUUGGACAGGUGGCUUGUGGCUUAAACCAUACUUUGGCAGUAUCAGCAGAUGGCUCCAUGGUGUGGGCUUUUGGAGAUGGCGACUAUGGAAAACUAGGUUUAGGAAAUUCCACUGCAAAAUCUUCACCUCAGAAAGUCGAUGUCCUUUGUGGAAUCGGAAUAAAAAAGGUUGCUUGUGGAACUCAGUUUUCUGUUGCAUUGACUAAAGAUGGUCAUGUGUAUACCUUUGGUCAAGAUCGCUUGAUAGGCUUGCCAGAAGGGCGUGCUCGCAAUCACAAUCGGCCACAGCAAAUCCCUGUCCUGGCUGGAGUGGUCAUCGAAGACGUGGCAGUCGGAGCUGAGCACACACUUGCUUUGGCAUCAACUGGAGAUGUGUAUGCCUGGGGGAGCAAUUCAGAAGGGCAGCUUGGCUUAGGUCACACCAACCACGUUCGAGAACCAACCCUCGUAACAGUUCUGCAAGGGAAAAACGUUCGACAGAUCUCGGCCGGGCGCUGCCACAGUGCUGCAUGGACAGCCCCUCCCGUCCCUCCAAGAGCGCCAGGUGUGUCAGUGCCUCUGCAGCUGGGCCUGCCUGAUGCAGUGCCCCCCCAGUACGGGGCGCUGAGGGAGGUGAGCAUUCACACUGCAAGGGCCAGGCUCCGGCUGCUUUACCACUUCUCUGACCUCAUGUACUCGUCCUGGAGGCUACUGAACCUCAGCCCCAAUAACCAGAAUAGUACAUCUCAUUAUAAUGCUGGAACAUGGGGCAUUGUGCAGGGACAGCUUCGGCCUUUGUUAGCCCCAAGAGUCUACACCCUCCCAAUGGUGCGCUCUAUAGGAAAAACCAUGGUUCAAGGCAAAAACUAUGGACCUCAAAUUACUGUAAAGAGGAUAUCAACCAGAGGACGGAAGUGUAAGCCCAUCUUUGUUCAAAUAGCGAGACAAGUAGUUAAACUGAAUGCGUCAGAUCUCCGUCUGCCCUCCCGCGCAUGGAAGGUUAAGCUGGUUGGAGAAGGGGCUGAUGAUGCUGGAGGAGUGUUUGAUGACACGAUCACAGAGAUGUGCCAGGAACUUGAAACUGGUAUUGUUGACCUUCUUAUACCCUCUCCAAAUGCUACUGCAGAAGUGGGUUACAAUAGGGACAGGUUCCUUUUUAACCCUUCUGCCUGCCUCGAUGAACACUUAAUGCAGUUUAAAUUCUUGGGAAUUUUAAUGGGGGUUGCCAUUCGUACAAAGAAGCCUCUGGACCUCCACUUGGCCCCUCUGGUAUGGAAGCAGCUGUGCUGCGUCCCACUCACCCUGGAAGACCUGGAGGAGGUGGAUCUGCUCUAUGUGCAGACUCUCAACAGCAUUCUUCACAUUGAAGACAGUGGGAUUACUGAGGAGAGUUUCCAUGAGAUGAUUCCUCUUGAUUCUUUUGUUGGCCAGAGUGCUGAUGGCAAAAUGGUUCCUAUAAUCCCUGGUGGAAAUAGUAUCCCACUCACAUUUUCCAAUAGGAAGGAAUAUGUGGAGAGGGCCAUUGAAUAUCGACUUCAUGAAAUGGACCGACAGGUGGCUGCAGUCCGAGAAGGGAUGUCCUGGAUCGUCCCUGUGCCGCUGCUGUCCCUCCUCACUGCAAAGCAGCUGGAGCAGAUGGUGUGCGGGAUGCCUGAGAUCUCCGUAGAAGUCUUAAAGAAAGUGGUGCGGUACCGGGAGGUGGACGAGCAGCAUCAGCUGGUACAGUGGUUCUGGCACACACUGGAGGAGUUCUCCAAUGAGGAGCGUGUGCUCUUCAUGAGGUUUGUGUCUGGAAGAUCUCGACUCCCAGCCAACACUGCUGACAUUUCUCAGAGAUUUCAGAUCAUGAAGGUUGAUAGGCCUUAUGACAGUCUGCCUACCUCACAGACCUGCUUCUUCCAGCUGAGGCUGCCCCCUUAUUCUAGCCAGCUGGUCAUGGCCGAGCGCCUGCGCUAUGCCAUCAACAACUGCCGCUCCAUUGACAUGGACAACUACAUGCUCUCCCGAAACGUGGACAACGCCGAGGGCUCCGACACUGACUACUGACCGCCAAGGGUGCCGUCACCCCUCUUUCUUGUCAGUAAUGCUCACUUCCAGUUUAAUGUUGAUAUACUUUUAUGGUAACUAUAUAGAUGUUUUAGGAACAUAAACCAACAUUAUAAACAGUGGCCACACUUAGUUACUCUGAAUGUAACAAAGAAAUUAGAUGUUUUUAUUUUUCUGUGAUUGUACAAAAAAAAAAAAAAAAAAGACAAAGUGCUCUCAGUCAGGUUUUUCCCUCCAUAUUUUUGGUCACUUUUGAUAAGUUUGCAUGGAACCAUUUUGGUGCAUUUUUAGUUGGGAAUGGUACAUUUUUGUAAACCCACCCAGUGAACAUGAAAUUGUACAUUGUGUAUAAUUGUUCAUUAGAAAGGACAGUUUUACAUGAAUAUUCAUAUAUUUAUUUUGUUUUAAUUUGAAUUGCCUGUGCAGGGUUCCUUAUGCAGAGAAAUAAAGCCGAUUCAGGAAUCAGCA